AUGGGAAACACGAGUUCCUCACGAGAUCGCCAUGCCGAGGAGUCGGUCGACUUUGGUGCGCUGACACCACAAGGAGGGAUAUAUUCCUCUCAACCCGACUGGAACCAAACGAUCGUUGGCCAACUUAUUGUGCAACGCAAACUUUCGCCCUUUUAUAGACCACUAGAAGAGUAUGAAGAAGAUUGGACCGAUGAUCAAAUCCUGGCCGCGAGGAAGAAGGUCCCUAGCCCUGAUUCCAAUGGCGAGGAAGGAUCGCACAAAGAAUGGGUAUCAGGGUCCGUCGCCCCUCCGUUACAAAGCGCAACGUCUACUUUAAAACAUGCUGCUGGCGGGAAAUCGUCUUCCAAGUCAUACCAAUCCCAGAAAGAACUUCCCCGAAAUUAUGAGGCCCAGGUCUAUCGUGGUGCUGUGGAGUGCCCCAUUUGCUUCUUGUACUAUCCGCCCAACACAAACCAAACCAGAUGCUGUGAUCAGGCUAUUUGCACCGAAUGUUUCGUUCACAUCAAGCGUGCCGAUCCAACUACGACUCACGUCGUUUCGGAGCCUGCUUGUUGCCCGUAUUGCAUGCAGCCAAAUUUCGGCGUGGUAUACACACCACCUCUAUGGCGGACUGGCAUUGGUGGGGUGAACAACCAACGACCGGAUUUCCUGUCACACUCUUCCUCAGGAUCCACUAAUUCUGCCGAAAUGAGCAUUUCCGAGGGAAAACGUCGGCGGCGGAGCAUCAGUCACACUAGUCGUGAAGUCGUGACCAUUGAUCACAUCAGACCGGACUGGGAAGUUAAGCUUAAUCAAGUGCGAGCGGCGGUUGCUCGCCGAGCGAACAGGCGUAUCAUUAUGCGACAGGUUGGCGAUCAGCUCAUCCCAAUCGGCGUCUCAAGAGGCACGGUAGUUGCCCUUCCCCCCGGGAUGGAAGGUGCUUCAUCGGAUGACAGUUCAGGUGGAAGUGGGACUCGAAGAAGCAGACGGCGUGAGAGACACAAUGAAUAUACGCAAUUCAUGGGUAUGAAUGGACAGGAUUUGGAGGAGCUCAUGGUCAUGGAAGCAAUGCGACUUUCAAUGAUCGAGGAAAACGAACGACAGCGUCGGGUGCAGGGGGAACAACAACGCAAUGGGACAGAUCCAUCACAACAGGCAGGACCAUCCGGCCAUCCACCACUUUCUUCGUCUCAUCAGCCCUCACCAUCGGAGCAGAUGGCUGAACAUCUGUUCAAUAUUUCAUCCAGUGUACCUCCCACUUCGUCCCUGCAUUUUUUAUCAUCAGAACAAUCCGCAACCACACCCUCUACACCUUCCACCAGAAGUAGAAGCUCUAGUGUCUCGAGGAGUCGUUCGGAAUCGGCUCCCCCACAUGAUGCCUCUGCGGUUGAAGUUAGCAAUAUCGCAUUUGGUGCACCUGGAAUACGACCCCCCACCUCUGUGCCCAGCGCUCUGAGCGCUCUGAUCAAUGCUAGGGCGUCGGCAACAGCCAUCCUCGGCGACCGGGUGUCCUCGGAUAACAGCUCGGAGCGUGAUGAAAACGCUGAGCCGUCCCAGCAUCAUCCUGAGCCAAACACGAGUUCUCCUGAGCGGGAAACUGAGACUGUUUGGCCAGCGGGCAGACACGAUGUGGAUACUCCACGAGUCUCGAGGCCCAAUUCGAGAGUCAGUAGGCGGUCGUUGCAUAACGGGGCUGGCGAGCAGGCCCACGUCCGACCUAUAUCUGUGCCCCAUGUUCCUAUGCCUCGAGCAGCAUUCACUCUUACUAGCCAACAGCUUCUCACCCCUUGGUCAGUUAGCUCGGAAACAACGGAAGAAUACGAUUUCCUCCCUUCGACGCCUCAGUCAUCAAGACGAUCAGAGGUGUCUGCACGAGUGCCCCUUGUGGAAAGGGAUAGUCUUGGUAAUGAAGGUGACAGCAGUGACAACGUGGCAGGAUCCCUCCCUGGACGCCCAAGAGCGCACAGAAGUGGAACUGUGGAUUCUCUGUUGAGUGAAUAUCCAAUGACCACGUCAUGA